AUGGCGGGCCGUGCGGUAGUGUCGUCUGCUCUCAAGUGUCACGUUUUGCGGCUUAAGCCUGGCGACGCCUUGAAGGCUAGUCUGAGGAGAGUCAUCUCCGACCUGGAACUUCGUGCAGCGUUCGUCGUCAGCUGCGUCGGUAGCGUCCAGAGCUUCACACUCCGCUACGCCUCGGAUAUCAACGGAAAAUGCAGGACAGAGACGAGAAAGGAGCGCAUGGAGAUCCUGUCCCUCACCGGUACGCUGUCGGGAAAUGACAGAGGUCACCUCCACGCCAGCCUGGGAGACGUCAACGGUCACGUGAUCGGCGGUCACGUGGUUGAGAUGGAGAUCUACACGACGGCCGAAGUGGUCAUCGGAGAGCUCACCGACGCCAACUUCGAGAGACUCGGCGAUUCUGAAACCGGCUGCGAGGAACUUGUUGUUUCGGUCAGAAAAACAUAG